UCAGAUACCAUACAGGAAGAGGGCGUGUUUAUUAUGACACAUUGGGGGAAUGCAGAGCAGCUAGACCCAACACACAUCAAUGAUAGUCCAAACUAAGAGCGCAGGUGAGUCAGUCUCCUUGGUUGAUUGAUUUUAAUUUCGUAAACGUAGAUAGGUGUAGGGCGACACUGAGAUUAGCCUUUGUGUUCGCGCGAGCACUUGCCGACACUUUGGCCUAGAUCCAUCAUCAAGGACAAACAACUCACAAUACGGCUCACAGCUCCCUUGAAGCAUGAAGGUACAGUUUCUGAUACCUGUGGCAUUAGUCGUGUCUGUCGUCUUGUUUGGGACUAUUAAAAUACGGCAAAAGGAGCAGGACAAGGAGGAAAAACGGAACAAGUUUCUAGAUAUCAAGCUGCGGGUGACCUACGAUGUGCUGGCAGAGUAUCAGGACGAUAAGACAGAGACGGAGGCCAAGCUGGAGAAGACCCAAUCUGAGCUCAAAGCGCUGACAGUGGACGUGAACGUGGCCCAGGCCAAAGUCGAUAAGGCGAAGGGUGAAGUGGACGUCUGCCAGGGAGGCCAGAAAUUGGCAAAAGAUGGGCUGGGAGCAGUAGAGACAGAAUCCAAUAAUCUCAAAGCUGAACAUGAUAAGGAGAAGACCAGCUGGACAACACAACUGGAAACACAGAAACAGCAACUAGCAGCAGAGAGCGCAGUGUGUAACUUUUUGAAAGCAGAUGCACAGAUAGCAAGCAAUCUGUGUAGAAGGACUGUGGCCCCUAAACCAGUAGCACCUAAAGCAGAGGCCCCUAAACCAGAAGCACCUAAAGCAGAGGCCCCCAAACCAGAAGCACCUAAAGCAGAGGCCCCCAAACCAGAAGCACCUAAAGCAGAGGCCCCUAAACCAGAAGCACCGAAAGCAGCGGCCCCUAAACCAGAAGCACCUAAAGCAGAGGCCCCUAAACCAGAAGCACCUAAAGCAGAGGCCCCUAAACCAGAAGCAUCGAAAGCAGCGGCUCCCAAGAAGAGAUGAGCUCUUCCAACCUGUGUUUUUCACUCAACAUCACUUCAUCGGUUUAAAAAAAAGAUAUAGUUUUUUAUACUUUGUCACCAGAUACAGGUACACACAUACAGGUAGGAGCUGUAGUAGAACUACUUAGGUCACUCAUGGGAUGUUAAUGAUUAUUUCAUCUGUUAUUUGUUUUUUAUACAA